GGUGGUUGGUGGCGGUGUCGUCUCCCCACGUGCCCUCCUUUUUCGCAUCUCAUCUUUCUCUUCUCAGCUUUAUUACAGGAAAGAGAAGGAAAAGGAAAGGUUAAAAAAUAAAAAAGGAGGGAGGGGGCUGGGAAGAGAGAAAAAAUAUACAUCUAUUUCAGUUAGCAAGCGCGCUUUCCGAUUGGUCGGUUUGCGUGUGGCGUCACGCAAAGGCUCCUCGGAGGGGCGAUGCGAUUGGCCGGUCGUGGUUUGACGUUGCCCACAAGCCGUUGGGAAGACGGGGCGGGGCAGGUUUCGAGAAAGGCACGCGCGGUGUUGCGAUUGGUUAGUCGUGUUUGUGACGCCGACUGCUGCCUCACAUCGUGGCUCCUGCUCUGAGGCUGGUCGGCAACGCGAGGCGGCGGCGAGUGGCUGAUAUACUAUGGAUUACCUUUCCAAGCCUGGUCUCUUCAGUAUAAUUGCUGGUGUUGCCUGCGGGGUAUGCCUGGGCUGGAGCAUUCGAGCCCGGUUCUUGCGACCAUCCAAAGCCAGAAUAACCCAGCUUGCCAAUGAACUGGGCAAUGAAGCCACUACCAUGGGCGAAAGUGGCGAAUUCAAGAUGGUGAUCAUCGUCCGGAAUGACCUGAAGAUGCAGAAGGGCAAAGUGGCAGCCCAGUGCUCCCAUGCGGCUGUCUCAGCCUACAAACAAAUCCAGCGCCGAAACCCUGAACUCCUGAAGCAGUGGGAGUAUUGCGGACAGCCCAAGGUGGUCCUAAAAGCUCCCGACGAGGAAACACUGCUUCAGCUCCUGGGCGAGGCCAAAACGCUGGGCCUAACAGUGAGUUUAAUCCAAGAUGCGGGCCGUACACAGAUAGCCCCAGGUUCCCGGACUGUCCUCGGCAUCGGACCAGGACCAGCGGAGGUUGUGGACAAAGUCUCUGGCCAUUUAAAACUUUACUGAAUACGGAGCAUCUAGCCCAGAGAUAAUGGUAUCAACUGUAUAGAUUUAAAGCAAACAACCCCUUAAAAACAAUGAUGAUUGAGCAGGAUCAUGGUUUAUUUUUCAUUGCCUUUCAGUAUUUGGAAUACAUAAAAUGCAACAGGUUACCUGUC